AUGACCAAUCCUCAGCAAUCUUACACUAUUUGGUCUCCUCAGGAUACAGUCAAAGAUGUGGCAGAUUCGCUUGGUAUCUCAAACAUAAGUGACGAUGUUUUGAGAUCACUAGCUAUGGACGUUGAAUAUCGUAUUCUAGAAAUUGUGGAACAAGCUGUGAAGUUCAAGCGGCACGCCAAACGUGAGGUAUUGAAUACGGAAGAUAUAUCGCGGGCUUUGCGUGUUCUUAAUGUGGAGCCACUUUACGGAUAUCAGGAUGGCUCAGCAAGGUCCAAAGACGUUUCAUUUUCUAAGGUCGCUGCACAAGGUGGACAGUCUCUUUACUUCUUAAACGAUGAGGAAGUUGAUUUCGAUAAGAUUAUUAAUGAACCAUUGCCCAAAGUGCCUCGUCUUCCCACGUUCACGACCCACUGGCUGGCAAUAGAGGGUGUUCAGCCAACCAUUCCGCAAAAUCCAAAUUUAAACGAUAUCCGAAUGUCGCAGCCUCCAAUAGCGCGUGGCGCCAUUGUGACAACUGUGAAUGACACAAGCUUGCAAACUUCUGCCUCCGAAGAAAAGGAAACACAGCACGUUUCUUCGAUAAAACCUGGUCAGGUCAAUGAGGUCAAGCCUUUGGUGAAGCACGUUCUAUCCAAGGAAUUGCAAAUUUACUUCGAUAAGGUAGUGGGCGCACUAACUUCCAAGGAGCAAGACGAAAAGGCCCAGCACUUAAAGGCUGCGGCGCUUACUUCCUUACGAUCAGACACUGGCUUGCAUCAGUUGGUUCCAUAUUUUAUCCAGUUUAUCGCAGAACAAAUCACGCACAAUCUAUCUGAUCUUGGGCUUCUGACAACGAUGCUAGAAAUGAUAUAUUCCCUUUUGAGCAACAAACACGUCUUUCUGGAUCCUUAUAUUCACUCUUUAAUGCCUUCCAUUCUUACGCUUCUGCUGGCCAAAAAACUAGGAGGAACACCAGCCUUGGUGUCCAGCAAAGAAGAACAGAUCAAUUCAGAGAGUGAACUGAAAAUUGCCGAUAAUGAGUUUUUGGAUAAAACAAAUGCUCUUCGUGACUUUGCUGCCUCCUUACUUGACCAUGUUCUCAAAAAAUUCCCAAAGGUCUACAAAUCCUUGAAGCCAAGAGUUAUGAGGACGCUCUUGAAAACAUUUUUGGAUACCAAUCGUUCAUUUGGGACUUAUUAUGGAUGCAUAAGAGGCGUUACCGUGUUGGGCCCUGAAUCAGUAAGAUUCUUUUUAGGAAAUUUGCAAAGUUGGGCAAGCCUGAUCUUUGAAGAGCAUGCCAACCUGAACAGUAAAGAUGAUGUGCCCUACUCGGGUAGAUUUACAGAGCUUGAGACUAGUCUGCUAUGUGACGUGGUUAUCGACUCUCUGCUCGUCUUAAAGGUAGAUUUGCCGAGCGAUCAAGAAUAUCAAGGAGAUUUGACAGAUGAAGAGAAAGAGAAACUGAAGAAUCGUUGCGGUCGGACUAUUUCUGCGAAACUGAUGGAUAGGGCAGAUGCAAAGGUACUUGUAGCUGCAAUUUUUUUUGGAGAAUGA